AGCUAAUUAUAGCCUGGAAUCUCUGCGCAACAGGGACUGUAAGACGAUCCCAUCUGCUUAUUGCCGGUUCGUCAGAUAACAGUGCCCAGACACAGUGCAGCUCUUGUGCCUGGCUGUUUCUCUAACAGCCCCAUGGAGUUUGCUGGAGAAUCGUUGCAUUUUGGUGGCUCUGCUCCUUUGGGGAGUCAUGAGAGUCAGCCCUGGGAGCAGGAUAUGAGAGUCGAGGCUCGACAACCCGAACGGAGAGCUUCGGUGUCCUCCGAAGAAUCAGACAUAGAGGCCCCUCCAGUCAUUGCCAGAAAAGUGUCUUUUGCCGACGCCUUCGGGCUGGACCUGGUGUCCGUGAAGGAGUUUGACACCUGGAACACCCCGACUCCGGCUGCCGUCAGUCCAUCGGACCACAGCAGCCUCCAGGACUCUGAGGAAUACUGCCUCUCACACCUCUUUGCAGUGCCGUCUUCAGCGGAGGAACUGAGGCGGAUACUGCAAGAACAGAAGGUCCAGCUAGAGCAUGUGGAACUGCUUCCUGGAACAACAUCGCUAAGGGGAACCAUCAGGGUCUUGAAUUUAUGCUUCGACAAGCAGGUAUAUGCUCGGACCACUCUGGACAAGUGGGGCUCGCGCUUUGACCUGCUGGCAGAAUUCGUACCGGGAUCGAGCGAUGGUGAGACCGACAGGUUCUCCUUCAUGUUUAGCUUGAUGCCCCCAUCCGAGGGGCAAAGGGGUAGGGUGGAGUUCUGCCUCCGAUAUGAGACGACGAUGGGGACCUUCUGGGACAACAACGGUGGAAGGAAUUAUGUGCUGUUUUAUGACAGAAGGACAGUCAGAGACAUGAAAGCGCAAGUUCAGGAAGAGCUUUUCCAGCCAAACAAGAAAAGCUGCCUGAAGGCCAGCAGAGACAGUCCAGCUGACUUUCAUCUAGCAAAGACUCCUGUUGAAAUUCCAGAUGCAACAGGAAUCGACAAAGAUGUGGGGUCUGCUGGGACACAGUUAGAAGAGGGCCAGGAGUCGGAGGGUUGUGACUGGCACAGCGCCCGCAGGAGCAGACGGAGGAUGGCCCGGUUGGUGCAGUUACAAGACCACUUCUCACGCAGGGAGGCAGAGCCUGUGCGGGCAAUCACUCCGGAACCCCCUGCAGUCGGUGUGUCACCGUCAGAGAGUGCCACUCCCUGCCCUCCCGGACAGUGCAAGAGUGACGAGCAAGCACAGUCACACCCUCAGGCUACUCUCCCACUCGGUGAUGCAGAUUCGAAAAGCAGACAGGCUGCUUCUAUGCCAACAGACCCAUGGGAAUCUUUUCUCAGCAUUGAUAACACAGUGCACGCCACAGCACUGGAGAUGGCCACUUCUUCUAGCCCCUUCUUGGAUCUGCCUCCUUCCUGUUUGCAGGAUGUUAUCAGCCAAUUAGAUUUUAGCAGCAGGCCACCAGUGUUAAUGGAAAACCAUGAGGGAUGUUGCACACGUGGGUCGGAUUGGCAUCCUCUCUGGGGUGACCUCGAAGUGGAGAUCUGCAGGGUAAACACGAAGGGCUCAUAUAGCGGUAGAGAUGACAGACUGCUUGGUCACGAUCCUCACGUAGAGUCAGAGUCUCAUGAGGGAUCCUGUUCUCAAACAGAGUUAUACAAGGAGGACGCAGAUGUUCGGGGGAGCAGGGAGCAAGCAGGGGCAAUCAGGGGGGGCGACAGCAAUGCUCAGCUAAAUAGUGCAGCUCUCCCUGUUGGCCAUUUGACAGCGAUUGCUGUAGAUCAUUUUCCUGUUAGUUCUCUCAUGACCCCUGUUACUGGGAUUCACUGUCCAACUGAGAAUGACAAAGCAGGUUUCCUGCUUGGAGGGAGAAGAGGUGCUAGUGAAAAGGAUGAACCUGCUGACAAGAUACAAAAUACAGCUGCUAAGGAAGAAAUUAGCCUGGGUGAAGCAGAUGAUCGUUUAACUGAAAAAGACAAAAUAGUGAGCUGUUCACCCGAAGUUGCUGUCAGAGAGCCAAUAGACAAUUUAGUUGACAUCAGUCCAGGUGGGUUAGUUAACCAUUCAGUCAAAAUGGCAGUAGAUGUAUUAGUUAACCAGUCAUCUGACAUCAGUGCAGCUGAGCUGAUUAGCAAUUCCACUGAGAUAAGUGCAGAAGAGCUGGUUGAUAAAUUAGCUAAAAUCAGUACAAGUGAGUUGGUUAACCAUUCAGCUGAAAUCGGCGCAGAUGAGAAAAUUGACCAUUCAGCUGAAAUGACUGCAUGUGAGCUGGCUGAUAAUUCAGCUGAAAUCAGUGCAGUUCAGCUGCUUCACCAUUCAUCUGAAAUCAGUGCAGGUGAGCUGGCUGAUAAUUCAGCUGAAAUCACUGCAGUUCAGCUGGUUGACUAUUUAACUGAAAUCAGUGCAAGUGAGCAAGUUGAUUAUUCAGUCAACCAUUCAAACAAAAUGAUAGACAAAUUACUUGACCAUUCAUCUGAAAUCACUGCAGGUGAGCUGGCUGAUAAUUCAGCUGAAAUCAGGGCAGUUCAGCUGCUUCACCAUUCAGCUGAAAUUAGUGCAGAUGAGCAUGGUGACCAUUCAUCUGAAAUCAGUGCAGGUGAGCUGGCUGAUAAUUCAGCUGAAAUCACUGCAGUUCAGCUGGUUGACUAUUUAACUGAAAUCAGUGCAAGUGAGCAAGUUGAUUAUUCAGUCAACCAUUCAGACAAAAUGAUAGACAAAUUACUUGACCAUUCAUCUGAAAUCACUGCAGGUGAGCUGGCUGAUAAUUCAGCUGAAAUCAGGGCAGUUCAGCUGCUUCACCAUUCAGCUGAAAUCAGUGCAGAUGAGCUGGUUGAUAAUUCAGUUGAAAUCACUGCAGUGGAGCUGGUUGACUAUUUAACUGAAAUCAGUGCAAGUGAGCAAGUUGAUUAUUCAGUCAAAAUCACCCCAAGCGAUGCAGUCAACCAUUCAGACAAAAUGGUAGUAGACGAACUUGUUAAACAUUCAGCUAAAAUCAGUGCAGAUGAGCAUGGUGACAAUUCAUCUGAAAUCACUGCAGGUGAGCUGGCUGAUAAUUCAGCUGAAAAUAGUGCAGUUCAGCUGGUUCACCAUUCAGCUGAAAUCAGUGCUGAUGAGCUGGUUGAUAAUUCAGUUGAAAUCACUGCAGAUGAGCUGGUUGAGUAUUUAACUGAAAUCAGUGCAAGUGAGCAAGUUGAUUAUUCAGUCAAAAUCACCCCAAGCGAGGCAGUCAACCAUUCAGACAAAAUGGUAGUAGAUGAAUUUGUUAAACAUUCAGCUGAAAUCAGUGCAGAUGAGCUGGCUGAUAAUUCAGCUGAAAUCAGUACAAUUCAGCUGGUUCACCAUUCAGCUGAAAUCAGUGCAGAUGAGCUGGUUGAAAAUUCAGAUGAAAUCACUACAGUUGAGCUGGUUGAGUAUUUAACUGAAAUCAGUACAAGUGAGCAAGUUGAUUAUUCAGUCAAAAUCACCUCAAGCGAGCCAGUCAACCAUUCAGACAAAAUGGUUGUAGACGAACUUUUUAAACAUUCAGCUGAAAUCAGUGCAGAUGAGCAUGGUGACCAUUCAGCGGAAAUCACUGCAGAUGAGCUGGUUGAUAAUUCAGUCAACCAUUCAGACAAAAUUAUAGACAAAUUACUUGACCAUUCAUCUGAAAUUAGUGCAGAUGAGCUGGUUGAUAAUUCAGCUGAAAUCACUGCAGUUGAGCUGGUUCACUAUUCAGCUGAAAUCAGUGUAAAUGGACUCAACAAAGAUGCAAUAAAAAUGAUUCCAGGCAACAUAACUUCAAACCAGCCAGUAGGUCAUUCAGAUAGAAUACAUCCUGGACAGGUGAUAGACCAUAUAGUUCAAUGUUAUGGGGACCAUUCAGAGUGGAGAGUGGAUACAUCAGGUACAUCCCAGAGUGCAACACUACAUCUCUUGAACACCAACAGUGUAGAGAGAAUUUUACUAGAGUACAAGGAAGAUCGUACGAUGUCUCCAAUUACAGACAGUCUGGUGUAUAACAGAGACUGUCAUACAGAGAUGGACAUUGUAAACAUACCACAGGAGCUCAGUAUCCAGGAUGAGGAAAAAGAGGCCACCAGAGAUGAGGGUGACUGUGGAAGAUCACAAGCUAAUGACCCAGAUGAAAGACAACAGGUAGAUGCAUACAGACUUCGAGACAUUGAAAAAGUGAAAAGAAGAAUGGAAAAUGCAUCGAGAGGAAAAGAGGGAGGAGAGGUGACCAGAGGAAGGGAGCGGUCUCAUGCAGCAAGAGAAACAGUGGUCCUGCUCCAUGCUAAGGGUAGGGGGUUUCUCAGCACCAAGAGCAAGGGUAAGAGUAGUGAUUUGUUUAAAGCAGGGCUGGAGGACUCAAUGGACGCAGGGAAAGCGUCAUAUGUAGGGCAGGAUAUGGGUGUUGAAGAGGGAAAUCUGCACAGCACCAUUGUGAGCCUUCCUGGGAAUAAUGAGCUCAGAGUAAAAGACCUCCAAAGGCAAGAAGAGAGACAGCCCCCAGCUAGUGCUGUGGAAGGCCUUCCCACACCUGCGAGUACAAGGUGCUCGGCCAGGGACUGGGGAGACCACAUGCCCUGCAUCUUGACAGAUGAGGACGCUGAGGACUCUCAGGGAAUAGCAGUGCCCUUCCACUUAACCCUGGGAACACAGAAAGAGCCUAUAGCUGUCAGAAUGAGCCCCGAGGAGCGAGCAGAAGCUAAGAACAUGGGGUACAUGUUGCAUCUGCUGGGAAUAAUCACCCCACAUCAUCUCACAAGAACAGUCUUGUACGUUGUCCUGUUAGCUGUCCUCUGUGUUGCAGUUUACCAGUAUGGCUUUCUGGCUUGCUUUGCACUUUAUCUGUGUUUGGCUUGUCUCUUAUCCCAUCACAGAGAGAAACAAGACUUACAAGAAAGGGACAGAACAAAACAGUCAGAAAAUAAAGAAUACAGACCAUGAUUGUGCCAACUUCAGAUGUAUUUGGACAUUUUGAAUUGAUUCAUGGUUUGUCUCAAGAUCUUGUGAGAACAAAAUAAUUUUUCGGGAACCAAAAUAGUGAAGGUUUAUUAGAUAGAACUUUGUUAAUCUUAAAUGGACCAUUUGGAUAAUCAUUAAUUGGCAUUUCAGAUAUUGAUGCUGAGUACUGAGUGUCUGAGGAGUAGAUGAAUUGUAGUGCCAUUUGGGUAGGUCUUUCUCAUAGACAUGGAACAUGUGUUGUCAUUGAUUCCUCACUAUGUCAGGACACUGUUUGUCCUCAAUAAAAAAUGUCGAAGUGUAAUCAUUUGCCAAACGAUGUUCAUGAUUAGUGUGACUGGCUGAGUCAAAUUGCAGAGUUUGAGUUUUGGUCAUGCUAUUGAUAUUUUCCCUCUAAAUUAAAUUCAUGUUUAUGAAUGAAUUUAACAGGCUUUCAUGAAUAUGUGAUAUUUAUUUGCUUUAUGUUAAAUAUCCUGUCAUAUUAAAAUAAAAUUAUAUUGAUUUUGUAAAA